GUGAAACUCACACAGUCACUGAUACUCAGAGAAGAAAUGGCGCAGAACGGAGUUCAGCUGGACCGAGAAACUUUUUCUUGUUCGAUCUGUUUGGAUCUACUCAAGGAUCCAGUGACUAUUCCCUGUGGACACAGCUACUGCAUGAACUGUAUUAAAACCCAUUGGAAUACAGAGAAUACAAAGAAAAUCUACAGCUGCCCUCAGUGCAGACAGACUUUCACAGCGAGGCCUGUCCUGGUGAAAAACACCAUGUUAGCAGUUUUAGUGGAGCAGCUGAAGAAGACUGGACUCCAAGCUGCUCCUGCUGAUCACUGCUAUGCUGGACCUGAAGAUGUGGCCUGUGAUGUCUGCACUGGAAGAAAACUGAAAGCCUUCAAUUCCUGUUUAGUGUGUCUGGCAUCUUACUGUGAGAAUCACCUUCAGCCUCAUUAUGAUUCACCUACAUUCAGGAAACACAAGCUGGUGGAGCCCUCCAAGAAGCUCCAGGAGAACAUCUGCUCUCGUCAUGAUGAGGUGACGAAGAUGUUCUGCCGUACUGAUCAGCAGAUUAUCUGUCAUCACUGUUUAAUCGAUGAACAUAAAGGCCACGACACAGUCUCAGCUGCAGCAGAAAGGACUGAGAGGCAGAGAGAGCUGGAGGUGAGUCGACAAAACAUCCAGCAGAGAAUCCAGGACAGAGAGAAAGAUGUGAAGCUGCUUCAACAGGAGGUGGAGGCCAUCAAUCAGUCUGCUGAUCAAACAGUGGAGCACAGUGAGAAGAUCUUCACUGAGCUGAUCCAUCUCAUCCAGAAAAGAAGCUCUGAUGUGAAGCAGCAGAUCAGAUCCCAGCAGGAAACUGAAGUGAGUCGAGUCAAAGAGCUUGAGGAGAAGCUGGAGCAAGAGAUCACUGAGCUGAAGAGGAAAGGUGCUGAGCUGAAGCAGCUCUCACACACAGAGGAUCACAUCCAGUUUCUACACAACUACCCCUCACUUUCAGCACUCAGUGAGUCUACAGACUCAUCCAGCAUCAAUAUCCGUCCUCUCAGGUACUUUGAGAAUGUGACAGCAGCUGUGUCAGAGGUCAGAGAUAAACUACAGGACAUUCUGAGAGAGGAAUGGACAAACAUCUCACUGACAGUCACUGAAGUGGAUGUUUUACUGUCAGAUCCACACACAGAGCCAAAGACCAGAGAAGGAUUCUUAAAAUAUUCACGUGAAAUCACACUGGAUCCAAACACAGCACACAAACAGCUGUUAUUAUCAGAGGAGAACAGAAAAAUAAUAGCAAUGAAUCAACAACAGUCUCAUUCUAAUCAUCCAGACAGAUUCACUGAAUGGUUUCAGGUCCUGAGUAGAGAGAGUCUGACUGGACGUUGUUACUGGGAGGUGGAGAGGAAAGGGAUAGGAGUUUAUUUAGCAGUCACAUACAAGAAUAUCAAAAGAUCAGGAAAUGAAUGUGCAUUUGGACGUAAUGACAAAUCUUGGGCAUUAGAAUGUGAUACAAAGAGUUAUACAUUUUGGUACAACAAUUAUAAAACUCCUGUCCCAGGUCUUCCAUCCUCCAGAGUAGGAGUGUACCUGGAUCACAGAGCAGGUAUUUUGUCCUUCUACAGCAUCUCUGAAACCAUGACUCUCCUCCACAGAGUCCAGACCACAUUCACUCAGCCGCUCUAUGCAGGACUUUGGCUUUACUCUGAUUACGGAAACAAAGCUGAGUUCAUUAACCUUAAAUAGACUAAAGUAUUUCAUUUUGGUGUGUAUUUCUUUUCUCUCCAUCAUUGUUGUGACAUGUCUUCGCUGCACAGAGCUCAGCUGUCAGUCAAACAUUAUGGGGGCUACCUUGACAUCUUCUUGUUAUUCUCUUGAUGUUUUUGAGGGUUUUUUUAGGUUGAGCUCUUUCCUGUUUCUUAGAGGCUAUCACUACCCAUGAUGAUUUUUAUUUACAAGCCAAUAUUCUGUCCUUCUACAGCCUCUCUGAAACCAUGGCUCUCCUUCAGAUUCCAGACCACAUUCACUCAGCCACUCUAUGGUCCGAUUAUACAGAACUGUAACAGCUGCAGAGCUCUGUGAACUCAGAUAGACGGGAGAGAUAGACUCAUCCAUCUAUCUAUGUUACUUUCCCUGCUCCAUUUCUCUUUGUCUCUCUCUUGCUGUCACUGUUUCUCACUACUGUUGUGCCAAGUGGAAAUGCACCUGCAGUUACAUUGAAGGGCAGUGUCUUUCUCUAAAAUGAACUGACAGCCUGGAUAGUCUGCAUGACUAUAACACAGAAUAUCUGGGCUGUCAGUUAAUUUUAUGGUAACUCAAGUGGUUUAAAUUGGACUUUAUAAUAGCUACAGAUACAGUAGGGUACACAUCUGUCCUACCUCUGGUAUUUCUGGAGGGGGCACUGCUUUUUAUCUUUAGGGGCCUGAUGUGUCCAAUAUUGUGUCUCCAUAAGAUUCUGCUGUUUGAUGCCUUCUGGUAUUUCAGCUACAUUCAAGUCAAAGUGGUUUAACCCGCAGCAACCGAUCAUUGAGCUUUUGUGGGUGUGUCCUGCCAUCUCUCCUGCAUUAGGUGCCACCCUUUUUGUACACCUGACUCUAAUCAGUGAUCAAGCACAUUUAAGAGAAAAAUGAGAAUUAGUACCAGAGAGCCUUGUUGGUUUUGAGCUGUGUACAUGUGUGGUGGCUGCUUGGUCCUGCUCUGUGGUGAGGAGUGUGUUUCGGUGACUUACUUUUCAGUUUAGUGACCAAUUCCUGUUGUUUUUUGUUUUCCUUCUUUAAAAGGUUUAGUGGCUUGUUCAUCUCUUUUAGUUUC